GCAACAAUAACAAUGGAUUGUGUUUAAUUUAUAUAAUGAUUUUUAUCAACGCUUAUUUCCUUUAAUAUUCGAUAACACGAAUAUGUAAGCCAGAUGGAUAACAUAACAUGAACGAAUUAGUUCUAAUCUAGUUGUUGUGGUAUAGGUUUAUCCUGUUUGUAUUAUAUUUUACGUUUGAAGCAAUUUUUAUCCCAGUUUAAAGUCUAAUAUAUCACCAGCUAGGUUUUUUCAAGUGUUUAGUGUUUAGCUAAAAUGAGCAAGAGCAACAAAAGUAAACGGUAUAAUGAUUAUUAUCUGAUAAAUACCGAUGAUAUGGGUGAAGUUGACUUUGACUUGCCCGUUCCCAGGGAAAAGCGAUCCAGAAUGAUUUGUUGCUCCAUAACAAUAUUAUGCAUAUUAUUAUUUGUUUUAUUUAUAUUGGUUUUCGUUAUUGUACCGGUGAUUUUCAUGAACGUAAAAGCAUUACAGACGACCCUAAUUUUUACUAGAUUUGGUUUACACAACAAGGAGGAAUAUUUCGAAACGCAGAGGUUUCCCUCAUAUCGAAACCGUUAUGUAACAAUAAGAAACAACAAGACUUGCGAAGAGAAAAAGCUAGGUGUAUGGCACAUUCUGCCAAAUAAUUUGGCAUUAGAUGAAUUUUAUGGCCGCCCUAUCGAUUACGAUGAGCUAUUGCUUAACAGUAAUUACAGUGUUUUAAUAUAUUUUCAUGGUACAGGAGAGGAUCGAGCAGAUUCCAAAAGAAAAUACAAAGUAUUCUCUCAAUUUUUCCACGUAAUCACGUUCGACUACAGAGGUUACGGGGACUCUUCUAAAGGCAAUGUGUCUGAGGAAAACGUGAUAAUUGACUCCAUCGAACUGUACAAAUGGGUACAAAAUCGAACGAAAUCGGCUAUAUACGUUUCGGGGCAUUCCUUGGGCGCUUCGAUAGCUACACAAACUGUCGCAAAAAUGCAAAAUGAUUCUAAUAUCAGCACGAAAGGAUUAAUUAUAGAAUCGGGAUUUACUAAUCUUCAAGAUGAACUGUAUGUACAUCCCAUCUCAAAGUUUCUGUCUUGGUUGCCCUGGUUUUCGGCUACAAUUUUAGAUCCUUUGAGAAAAAACGGGUUUUUAUUCGAAACUGACCGAUUCAUUGCAACCCUCAAUUGCCCAGUGAUGAUUUUGCAUGCAGAAGAUGAUUAUGAGAUUCCCGUUAAAUUCGGAAGAAAGUUGUACGAGAUAGCUUCAAAUAGGAACAUUACAACAAUUUACCAUGAAUUUGAGAAGAAACUCGAAUACGGACAUACCGGUAUUUACGCUGAUCCUUUCAUGAAUUUAUAUAUACAGCAAUUUAUCGACACCACGAAACCAACAGUAGGUUGAUUGGUUUAUGAGAUAUAUUAAUUCGUAGCUCCUAUCAAAGAAAAAAGGGCUGUGAUUCAUUAAAAACGAUACCUUUGCUAGACUAAUAUUUUUUUCUAACUGGUAUUGUACAUUUUACAAGUUUUACUUGUAGCUUCAUAUUGAAACUGCUUUUGAUGUAUUUUCAUUAAAUUUUUAACUUACUAUCUAAAAUAUUAGAUACUUUUAUGAUGUGAUAAAAAAGACCUAUAAAAGUAGUUUUAACUUAGAGAGGUAGAGAAUAUUAUAAGAUUAAAAUCUGUGUAAUUUUUUUUAACUAAUAAUUAAAUUGAUU